AUGGCAUUGACUAACAACAUUUCAUGUUUCCCGGUAAAAGGCUUGGUUGAAUUGUCCUUGGGAUCACAACUCGUUGCAAGUGAUACUCUUGGGAGGCCAUGUUGGGGAGAUAGUAAGUUGGACCAUAUUUUGUGUGAAUACUACAUCCCAAAUUAUAUACUUGUUCCCGGGUCAAAAAUAAAAAGACCACCGUGGGUACCUUCUUGUCCAGUCUUAGUGUUUAUCAACUCCAAAAGUGGUGGCCAGCUUGGAGGAAAUCUUCUUUCUACAUAUAGAUCUGUUCUUAACGCAAAUCAGGUUUUUGAUUUGGGAGAGACGAAACCUGAUAAGGUGCUACGCCAAAUUUAUGCCUCUUUGGGAUCACUUAAGCAAAGGGGGGAUGUUUUGGCUUCAGCUAUAGAGAAUAGCUUGAGAAUAAUUGUUGCAGGUGGCGAUGGCACAUCUGGUUGGCUUCUAGGUGUAAUAUCUGAUCUUAAACUGCCUCAUCCACCUCCAGUGGCUACAGUGCCUCUAGGAACCGGAAACAACCUGCCUUUUUCUUUUGGAUGGGGAAGGAAAAAUCCGGGUACAGACAGACAAUCCGUGUUCUCAUUCUUGGAACAAGUAAGGAAUGCAAAUGAAAUGAAAAUCGAUAGCUGGCAUAUUAUCAUGCGAAUGAGGUCCCCUAAGGAAGGUUCUUGUGAUCCUAUUGGACCUCUUGAACUCCCCCAUUCUUUGCAUGCAUUUCAUCGCAUCUCUCAAACGGACAAAUUGGAUACGGAUGGUUAUCACACAUUUCGUGGAGGAUUUUGGAACUAUUUCAGCAUGGGAUUGGAUGCUCAAAUUUCAUAUGCAUUUCACUCUGAGAGGAAGCUGCAUCCAGAAAAAUUCAGAAAUCAGUUAAUUAAUCAGGGUACUUAUGUAAAGCUUGGAUGUACUCAAGGAUGGCUUUUCGGAUCUCUUUUUCGUCCUUCUCCAAUGAGCAUAGCUCAAAUAACAAAGGUUAAGGUUAUGAAGAAACAAGGCCAAUGGGAAGACCUCAAAAUACCUCGAUGCAUCGGAUCUAUUGUCUGCCUCAACUUGCCUAGCUUCUCUGGUGGAUUCAAUCCUUGGGGAACACCAUUUAGGAAGAAAUUUCUCGAUAGAGGAUUGACUCCUCCUUUUGUAGAUGAUGGCCUAAUUGAGAUAGUCGGAUUUAGAAAUGUUCUGCACGGGCUAGUUUUGCUUGCUCCAAAUGGGCAUGGGUAUCGUUUAGCACAGGCAAAAGCCGUCCGCUUCGAGUUUAAAAAGGAUGCGGCCAAUCACACAUUUAUGAGGAUAGAUGGAGAACCAUGGAAACAACCUCUCCCAGCAGAUGAUGACACAGUUGUUGUGGAAAUAUCACACUUUGGUCAAGUAAGCAUGCUUGCUACCCCAUCGUGCCGCUCCCGGAGCGUGGCCGAUCCCUCUUCACCGACCGCUUGCUACGACGAGGAUAAGAGUAGUACCGACAAAGGAGAAACUGCCGAUGAUUACGAAGCGAAACGAAAGUUCGGCGCAGCUGACAGUUUCAAAUUACCAGAUGAAAUUGAUAUAGCUCGCCUCAGUUAAGCUCCUUCCUAUAUCUGAUCUCGCCCUGCUCUUUUAAGUUUGAUAUUAGCCAUUCCUGUUCUAUUACUUGCAUCUCAAUGAUGCAAUUGUACACCUCUCUCCCUUCAGAAUAGACUGUUUUAUGAGAUCAACUAAGAGAUUGAUGUUCUCAUAGGCUAAUCGACCAUAGAAAAUGUAUGGACUUCGUUUGAUCCCGAGUACCACAAACUUGAUAGAUUUU